AUGUUAUCAAUCCAUUUCUUCCCAGCCGCAACCGCCGCCGCCGUACCCACCGCCAAGGCGCCACCGCUCAACAGCCUCGACUCCUGCUCGUCUAUGUCUGAGCUCCGGCAGCACCACGCCCGCGUCAUCAAGCUCGGCCUCUCCUCCAACAACGACGCCGCGGGACGCAUCAUCAAGUUCUGCUCCCUUUCAGAUUCUGGCGACCUGAACUACGCCCUCAAGGUGUUCGACAAAUUGCCCCACCCAGACGCUUUCGUAUAUAACACCAUUCUCAGAGGCUAUCUGAAAGCCCAACUCCAUAAAAAUUGCAUCUUUCUGUACUCGCAAAUGCUGGAACAAAAACAGGCCAACCCAAAUAAAUUUACCUUCCCGCCGCUAAUCCGAGCCUGCUGCUUCGAAAACGCCAUUCAAGAAGGAAAGCAGGUGCACGCCCACGUCUUGAAGUUCGGGCUGGGCCAAGACCCGUACUGCCAGAACAACUUGAUCCACAUGUACUCCGAAUUCGAGCUCUUGGACGAGGCAAAAACAGCAUUCGAUAAUCUGGAAGCCAAAGACGACGUAUCUUGGACCACAUUGAUGAGCGGGCUUUCUCGGGUGGGCCUUGUGGAUCGGGCCCUCGAUCUCUUUGAAUCGAAGCCCGUAAAAAACGGGUCCAUGUGGAAUGCCGUGAUCGCGGCCCAUGUGCAGAACGACAGGUUUCGUGAGGCGUUUGCUCUGUUUGAUCGGAUGAGGGAAGAAAAUGUUGAAAUGGAUAAGUUCGUGGCCGCCAGCAUGCUAUCGGCUUGCACGGGCCUCGGCGCGUUGAAACGGGCCGAGUCGAUUUACGAGCACAUAAAGAGACGUGGGGUCCACAUCGACCACAAGCUGGCCACGACUAUAAUCGACGCGUUCUGUAAAUGCGGGCGUAUCGAAAAAGCCCGCGAAAUUUUCCGUGAGUUGCCGAGUAAAGGAAUUUCGUCUUGGAACUGUAUGAUUGGUGGGUUCGCAAUGCACGGCCGAGGAAAAGAUGCGGUCGAGCUUUUCAAGAAAAUGGAGUCGGAAAAGACGGUAAAGCCCGAUUACAUCACGUUUGUGAACUUGCUUGGUGCUUGUGCUCACUCGGGCCUAGUCGAAGAAGGAAAGUACUACUUUACGUACAUGACGAAAGCCCAUGGGAUUUUACCGGGUAUGGAGCAUUACGGAUGCCUUGUCGAUUUAUUGGGCCGGGCCGGGCUUUUGGAGGAGGGCAAAAGAGUCAUAGAUGAGAUGCCGAUUCGGGCCGAUGUGGGAGUUCUCGGAGCACUUCUCGGGGCAUGCAAAAUACACGGGAAUAUCGACUUGGUCGAGGAAAUCGGAAAGCAAGUGCUCGAGUUAGAGCCCGAAAAUAGCGGACGAUAUGUUUUGUUGGCCAAUAUGUACGCGAAAGCCGGUAGAUACGAAGAGGUUGCGUACAUACGGAAGAUGAUGAACGAUAGAGGAGUGAAAAAGUUGGCCGGGCUUUCGAUUGUCGAGUUAGAUGGAACCGUGCACGAGUUCAUCGCGGGUGGGCGGGCCCACCCGGAGGCCCGGGAGGUAUAUGCGAAGGUGGAUGAGGUUUUGGUUCGUAUUAUGGAAUAUGGUUAUGUGCCGGAAAGUGAUGGGAUGAUUUUAACGAGCGAGGAGGAAAAUGAGAACCCGUUGUUUUACCAUAGUGAAAAGUUGGCUAUUGCGUACGGGCUUUUGAAGACAAAAGGUGGCGAGACGAUUAGGGUUACCAAGAAUUUGAGGGUUUGUAGGGAUUGUCAUGAGGCGAGCAAAUUGAUUUCGGAGGUUUAUGAUCGUGAGAUCAUCGUGAGGGAUAGGAAUCGGUUUCACCAUUUUAGACGGGGAGUUUGCUCGUGCAACGAUUAUUGGUAG